AUGGCCUCCACUGCUCCACCAACAACGACGACGGGCGGCGGGACAGUGGAGCGAUACCUCACAAAAGAACACUUUGCAAGUCUCGUACGACAACAUGCGGUUACCAUAUCCGCUACUUCUGCUGCCAUUACUUGUGUUUUUAUUGGGUUUCCUUUCGACUCGAUUAAAACGCGAAUGCAAGCGUUCCGAUAUCCCUCAACAAUAGCCUGCGUGCGCCAGACAUACAACGCCGAAGGAAUAGCCGGGUUUUUCAGAGGAGUUGUUCCCGUGGCCACCUCCGUCGCUGUGCUGCGAUCGAUAUCGUUUUCGCUGUACAAUAGCGGGAAAUCGGAGAUUAAGGGGUUCCUGCCGUCGGGGAUGGAUCCUUUGACGGCUAUUAUGAUACAGAGCUCGCUGUCGGGGAGUUUCUCGGGGAUGGUGCUGGCGACUUUGAAUGCUCCGAUUGAGUUCAUUAAGGUGCAAAAACAACUCGAACGUUUAUCAUUCACACCAUCAAAUGCAGCAGCAACGAAAAUCGCCGAAGAAGCGAUAAAGUCCGUACCAACAGCAGCAGCAGGGCUAGGCGAAGGCGCAACCACCGUGGAUCCCAAAUCCGUAGCAGAGAGCACACGGAGACCAUCCCACGGCUCAUCUCACGGAUCAUCAUCAACACAACCGCCCAAAACAUCAUCGACACCAAUAAUAUCUCGACCCUCCCCACCUUCAACACCUGCCUCCUCACCCCAAACCACCAAAUCCACAGCUCAAUGGGCAAAACACAUCGUAGUCCUCAAAGGCCCACAAGGCCUCUACUCCGGUUUCCCCAUGCAUCUCCUCCGCGACGCGCUAGGGACGGGGAUGUACUUUUGUGGGUAUGAGACUGUGAAGCAUCUUAUGACCCCGACGGGAGCGACCGCGGGGCCGUUGACGCAUAUGCUUGCUGGAGGGCUGGCGGGGACCUGUUCGUGGGUUGUUUUGUUUCCUAUUGACAUAACGAAAUCAGUAAUCCAACGCGAAGCCCUGCACGACCAACCCAAAUACAAAUCCUCCCUGCACUUCAUCCGCGCGCGCUGGGCGAAACAAGGCAUCCGCGGCUUCUACGUCGGCAUCGGCCCGCAGCUGCUGCGGUCGUUUCCCGUGCAUUCGAUCAAUUUCUUGGUGUAUGAGCAGAUGUUGGCUUGGUGUCGCGGGUUUAAUUCGUAG